AUGGCCAUCGACAUAAAUGUCCACGAGCUGUUGGUUAUUGGAGACUCAGAUCUGUUGAUUCAUCAGGUUCAAGGAGAAUGGGCCGUGAAGAACCCGAAGAUUAUACCUUACGUGCAGUAUGUACAGAUGUUGUGCGAAAGAUUUCGUAAGAUCGAAUUUAGAAACACUCCCAUAAUACAAAAUGAGUUCGUCGAUUCUCUUUCCACCAUCGCUUCAAUGAUUAAACAUCCAGAUUCUUAUUAUAAUGAUCCUCUAGAUAUAGAAUUGAAGGAACAUCCAUUCCAUUGUUCGCAUGUUGAAGCAGAACCAGACGGUUUGCCAUGGUAUUUCGAUAUAAAAAAGUAUUUGGAGUCCAGAUAUUAUCCUGAAGAUGAUACAUUUAACCAGAAGAACUCCAUACGUCGUAUGGCUCUCAAUUUCUUUCUAAGUGGAGAAAUCCUGUAUAUGAGAACUCCAAAUUGA